AUGGAAUCGAAAUUAUUAGAAGAUGAAAUUAAGCCGUCGAUCAAAUCCACCGUUCAGGCUCUGCGUUUAAUUCCACUGCAGUUCUCCUCCGGAAUCGUUUUCUCGCAAUACAAACCUGAUUGUGUGGAUCCUAUGCAGAUGUUCUUCCCAAUUGAUGCUUACGCACAAACAAUUCAACUGAAUGUUGUUGGUUUCAAUAAGACCGUCAAAGUCUACGAUGGAGCUGAGUGCGAUCAAGGUUGGGAUGAAGUUCAGCAGUACUGUAUUCGUUUUGUGAUACCACCGUACACUUAUUCUGACGCCAAGCAGUUCUGUCACGACUCAGGCGGUAGUAUCAUCGAUGAUCUCAGCGAAACAAAACACAACUACUUGCUAGGUCUCAAUAGCGAUCUCGAUUUUUGGCUCGGUUUGGCUAAUCCUAACAACACUGGCUAUGUAUGGGAUGGUCCAGAUGGAACACCUCCGUUGCCGCUGUCAAAUCCAACCUAUUGGAUGGGUAAUAAACAGCCAGACUAUGACGCUACCAAGGAGUGUGUGUAUUGGAAAGCUUCAGAGAAUGCAGCCGUCAACACUUGGGCUAAACGGCCUGUCAUGGCCAGAGUGGUCUCUCGCAGCGCGAUUGGAAUAACUAACAACUUGUGA